AUGCCUAAAUACGCAAGGUUCUUAAAAGACAUCCUCACAAACAAGCAAAAGCUCGAAAGCUUGUCUUGUGUGUUGAUGAAUGAAAACUGUUCAGCCCUUCUCCAAAACCGUCUACCUGAAAAGAUGGGAGAUCCGGGCAGUUUUACAAUUCCCUGUCUCAUUGGCAGCAUGUCUGUCAGUCACGCAUUAGCCGAUUUAGGAGCUAGCAUAAACUUUAUGCCGUAUAAGGUCUUUGCUAAAUUAGAUCUGGGUGAACCUUCACCCGCUAGAAUGAGCAUUCGACUUGCUGAUCGUUCGAUAAAAUAUCCGCGUGGGUUCGUUGAAAACAUGCUUGUUAAAAUCGAUAAAUUUGUUUUUCCCGUGGAUUUUGUUAUUUUAGACGUGGACGAAGACUCAAAAGUGCCAUUAAUACUAGGGCGCCCGUUCCUCAAUAUUGCGAGUGUAACGCUCUGCGUUUUUGAUCUUUCUAUUUAUAGCUUUAUGGGUUGUACCUUCUAA